AGUAGGUCGUUCUAAUUUUAUUCACCGCAACUCAUUAUGUUUCCCCUAAAACAUUGUUUAUUCUUUUAUGCUGUGUGUAACCAACUAAUUUUGUUUUCCGUUCCAGAAGAGCGACCUUACAAAUGCGAGUACUGUGAGAAAGCCUUUUGUCUAUUGCGCACUCUCCGGGUUCACGAAAACUCUGUUCACUUGAAACAACGACCCUAUGCAUGUGAACACUGUGACACAUCGUUUUCUGAGAAGGGCAGUUUGCGAAGACACCUAAGAACUGUUCAUUUGACACAGCGCCCCUAUACAUGUGAACUGUGUGGUAAAUCGUUUUCACAAAACUAUAAUAUGCGAAAACAUCUCGUCUCUAUUCAUUCAAAUGUUAGACACUCAGCUUCGAAUGACAGCACAGUUGCACAAAUGAAAUUGAGGCAGAAGAGGCAGGUACAAGCCUCCUCAUAA